AUGCCUGCGCUGCGCGUAAAAGCCCCGAGCAAACCUCCGCCCGCGGACUUCGAGGAAAGGCUCCGCCGCUUUGGCUUCGCCGUGAGUGGCGCGGCGUCGGUGCUCUGCUGCCGAGCGCUUCUGCUCGGGGAGCUAUUCCCCCCUCCCGUCAACGGGCAGAGAGGAUCGGGGCACUCGGCCCGGGGGCGCCCCCUUGCCUAUCCCCGUCUUGCUGUGAGAGCGGUGGAUGAGGCCGGUAUGAACCUUUUGGACCAGUCGGUGAUCAAGAAAGUGCCCAUCCCUUCGAAGGCCAACGGGACCACCAUCUCUACCCUGACCAUGAAUAAAGACACCCUGAUAGGAGGAGUAACCAAUCCAAAUGAAGUCUUCUGCUCUGUUCCUGGACGAUUGUCCCUCCUGAGUUCCACCUCCAAGUACAAAGUGACAGUCGGCGAGGUUCAGAGGAGGCUCUCACCCCCCGAAUGCCUCAAUGCUUCUCUCCUUGGUGGUGUCCUUCGGCGGGCAAAAUCUAAAAAUGGUGGAAGAUGUUUAAGGGAAAGAUUGGAAAAGAUAGGUUUAAAUCUACCGGCCGGGAGGCGCAAAGCGGCGAACGUCACCUUGUUAACGUCACUGGUGGAAGGGGAGGCUGUUCAUCUCGCUCGAGAUUUUGGUUACGUCUGCGAAACAGAGUUCCCGGCCAAGGCUGCAGCUGAAUACCUCUGCCGCCAACACUCGGACCCCAGCGAGCUCCACACCCGGAAAAACAUGCUCCUAGCGACUAAGCAAAUCUGCAAAGAGUUUGCUGAUCUGAUGGCUCAAGAUCGCUCACCCCUGGGAAACAGCCGCCCAUCACUCAUCUUGGAACCGGGAGUCCAAAGCUGCUUGACGCACUUCAGUUUAAUAACCCAUGGUUUUGGAGGGCCGGCGAUCUGUGCGGCUCUCACAGCAUUCCAGAACUACUUGGUGGAGUCCCUCAAAGGGCUUGACAAAAUGUUCAUGAACAGCACAGGCAACGGUCACCCAGUUGGUGACUCCAAAACCUCAGAAAAGGAUGUUAAGCAUCGGAAAUGA